GUUAUCGUUUCUCGCCUCUUCAGUCAGCCGGGUAUUGCACUGCCGCAAAUUUUGGUUAAACAUUUAUGCAGUCCUUGAUCAUGAAGAGCUCGAAGGAAGCCAUGCAAGCCGCUGCUAAGGAAUUCCUCCACUUCGUCAACCGAGGAGUCUCGCCGUAUCACGCGGUGGAGGAGUGUAAAAGUCGCUUGCUGCAAAAUGGCUUCACUGAGCUGAAGGAGUCAGAGCAGUGGGACAUCAAGCCCUCCAGCAAGUAUUUUGUGACUCGGAACUACUCAACCAUAGUUGCCUUUGCUGUUGGCGGCCUUUACAAACAAGGGAAUGGCUUCUCCAUGAUCGGAGCGCACACUGACAGUCCCUGUCUGCGGGUAAAGCCUCGCUCCAAGAAGACUAGGCAGGGUAUCCUGCAGGUGGGGGUGGAGUGCUAUGGAGGAGGGAUCUGGAACACUUGGUUUGACCGUGAUUUGACCAUUGCCGGUCGUGUCAUGGUUAAGAGUGGAGAGAAGCUGCAGCAUAAACUGGUUCACGUGCAACGCCCUAUGCUCAGAAUCCCACACCUGGCGAUUCACCUGCAGAGAGACAUCAACGACUCGUUUGGCCCGAACAAGGAGAACCACCUAGUGCCUAUCCUGGCCACUGCAGUGCGGGAAGAGUUGGAGACAGGGAGCAGUUCCUCCGGAGAUGCCUGUCAGGCUACCACUACUGCGGAGAAGCACCACCCUGCUCUGAUUCGGGUGCUGUGUGGAGAACUGGGGGUGGAGUCGGAGGCUCUGUUGGACUUUGAGCUGUGUCUGGCAGACACACAGCCCGGGGCACUUGGAGGUGUGUAUGAGGAGUUUAUCUUCUCCCCGCGUUUGGAUAAUCUGCACAGCUGCUACUGUGCUCUGACUGCUCUCAUAGAGUCCAGUUCUCCUGACUCUCUGAGCAAAGACCCAAACAUCCGUAUGGUGACCCUCUACGACAAUGAGGAGGUCGGAUCUGAGAGUGCCCAGGGGGCGCAGUCUAACCUAACGGAGCUGAUUUUGCGUCGCCUGGCGUCCACUCCGCAGAACCUGACUGCCUUUGAACAGGCCAUGCCUCUGUCCUACAUGAUCAGCGCUGAUAUGGCCCAUGCCCUGCACCCCAACUACCAAGAGAAACAUGAGGAGAAUCACAGACCUGCUUUCCAUAAGGGCCCGGUCAUUAAGUUUAACAGUAACCAGCGAUAUGCCACCACCGCCGUGACUGCCGCCAUCUUACGGGAGAUCGCUAAGAAGGUGGACGUACCUCUCCAGGACGUGAUGGUGAGGAACGACAGUCCGUGCGGAACCACAAUCGGGCCGAUUUUGGCGGCUCGGCUGGGAAUGCCGGUGCUGGACAUCGGAGCUCCUCAGCUGGCCAUGCACUCCAUCAGAGAGAUGUGCUGCACCUCCAGUGUGCUCCAGACCACCAACCUCUUCAAGGGAUUUUUCGAACACUUCCCCUCUGUGAUGAGCACGGUGACUGUAGACUAGAGGGGAGCAUCGUACCAAGGCUCAGAGAUGGAUAUAUGGAUGGAGGGAGGGAGGGGAGACAAUCCCCACCUCACGCCGAAAAAGAGCACAAACUGUUCCCCUUUUCUACUCUCACGCGCACAGUGGUUGGGGUUCUGAUGUGUGCUCACUCUCUCC